AUGCGUCUCAUAGGCUACACCCAGCUGGGCCAGCUGCCCUCGGCGGCCCUUGCCGAGACCCCAGGACCGCUACCACGAUUUGCAAACUUGUCUACGCCUGCUCCUCUUCAGCCCCAAUCCACCAAUUCUUCGUUUAUGCAAUCGCAGCCCAGCGCCUAUGUGCCACAUGAUACACAGUCGGUGCCACAAGAAAACCUCACUGCCGUGAGCCCAGCAGAUGUCCAGAAGUUUCUGCAAUUGUUCACCAGAACCGUGGGUUCUCCCUCCGGUGAGCUUUCUGGCACCAGAGCCCGCGAUAUUUUCAUGAAAUCCAAGCUUCCAACGCCUACUUUGGGUCAGAUUUGGGUUUUGGUCGAUCGAAAGAAUUUGGGCAAGCUUGAUAUGCCUAGUUUCAUCAUCGCUAUGCACUUGAUCCAGGGCUUGUUAAGUGGUUCAAUUAAACAAUUACCACCAUUUUUACCAGAAACAGUGUGGCAGUCUGUCGAGCAGUCCACGUUACAAUCUUCACAGUUGCAGCAGCCUCACGAUCCUCUGGCUCAAACUGGUUCUAGACAACCUUCCUAUGCAUCUGUUAGCUCGCAGCAGACCACGGUCCGCCACGACAAUCGUGCACCUUCAGGCUCUCUUCAGCCUCCUGCCACGCCACAGAGCUCAGAUUGGGUGGUUACUCCCACUAUGAAAGCACAGUAUGAUUCGAUUUUCAAUAAUCUCGAUAAGUCACACUCGGGCCAAUUGAGCCCCGACCAAGUUGCGACGUUCUUAAUGACCUCCAAAUUGGGCCAGCAGGAUUUGGCAUCGAUUUGGGACUUGGCCGAUGUCCAGAACACGGGAAUUUUUACUCCAACAGAAUUUGCAAUUGCACUCUAUUUGGUGAACAAGAAACUCGGCGGCGAGGACCUUCCUCAUAUUGUCCCUCAGUCCUUGAUCCAGUCCAUUGAAGAUUCGAAAAAUGCUGCUCCGCAACCAACUGUCUCAAAAUCAAGUCAGCCAGUGGCUGCUGCCCCUCCACCUAAACCAUUGCAAACUCAAAAAACAGCCAUGGACGAUUUGGUGGAUAUCUUUGGUUCUCCUACUAAAACACAGCCAGAUACUGAUCCCAACGCUAGCUCGCCAAACCCAAGUGCAAACUUUUCGGAAGCUCCAAGAACAACAACUGGUGAACUUCCUAGGGUUCGUGGACUCCAGCAAUUCAAACCAUCUUCUACUUUUGGCCAAGGAUUAGUCAAGGCACAGUCUCCAGUUCUUGAAGUCGAUGAAAAUCGUGAUGUUUCCCAAUCUUCACAAAAUUCUGCAAAUGUCCAAAAAUCCGAAGCCAUUCCCGGCCUGCCACAAAAGCCAAUACAACUUUCGCAGUCCAAUAUUCAACCCCAAAAUCUGGGCCUGCUGCUGGCACAUGCUGUCAAUUACGAUGCCUUGAGAAGCGUGCCUCCACCUCCUCGUACACUGUCUCAGUUAACUCCUCUGUCACCAGGCCAACCCACCACCCAAAAUCGUGAUUUGCUUGCUGAUACCUCAUCUCCUGUUUCGGGAGAGCUAUCUAGGGCCACUACAGAUAUCGCAAACGUAUCUAACCAGAUUAAAUCGCUAGCUUCUCAGACCUCGGAUCUUCAUGAAACAAAGUCUCGUGCCGAGCAAGAACUCACUCGUAUUCUCACAUCGAAGAAGGAAAUCGAGUCCAAGUUGAAACAGUUGAGAUCGUCAUACGAGAAUGAGGUUAAGCAAAAGGAAGAAGUGGAAGCGAACCUUGCUGCUGCCAAAGAAGAAACGGAAGCUUUGAGAUCGGAAGCUUCAAUCUCAGAGGCCAAAUUCAACCAUAUUUCUUCAGAGCUCAAUGGAAAGCAAAUGGAAAUGGAGGAGUUACAAAAACAGAACUCUACACUCAAAGAGAGACUUGGAGAAACGAAUGCGGAGAUAGUUGAGCUUGAAAAGCAGUAUGAAAGAACGGCAGCGGAAAACCAAAGAUUGACCAAUCAAGUUUCUGUGAAGCGGUCCCAGCUCCAGGUUUCAAUUGUCAAGAAUGAAAACUUAAAGAGAACUAUAGAAGAGUUGACAUUGGCAAACCGCCAAAUGGUUGAAGAAUUGAGCACUUUUGAGGCAAGAGAAAAACAGGCAGCUGAUGAACAAAAGCGACUUCAGGAUGAGCACGAGCAGGCACAGAAGGAACACGAAGCAAAAUCCAAAGCUCUUUCAGAUAAGAAAGAGAGUAACACUGGAUCUGGACUAGCAUUGGGAAUCGGUGCAGGAGUCGGUGCAGCCAUUGCUGGAGCAGCAGGUUUGGCUAAGUCUGUGGCUGGUGGUUCCCAUGAUGAGGUCGAACCCAACGAAAAAGAUCAUGGAGAUAAAGGUUUUACACACGAGUCUGAAAGUGCGCCAAAAGAGAAGGAGACUUCUCCAGAAAAUGCAAAUGUUCCUGGUUCUCAAAAUGCGCAGUUUGUGUCCACGACCACUGAAUCAACAGCACCCGCUCGUCUCGUCACAUCGGCAGACCUGGAUGGUUCCGUUGAGCCAAGUGUUGGAGGACCUUCCUCAAUUGCUACGAACACUUACAAUGAUUUUACGCCCGUAACGUCGCCUAGCAAUUCUGACUUCCAGUUCCCAGAAGGAGCAAGUGCGGCAAUUGCGACUGGAGUUCCAGGAAUGCCAGGAGAUUUCCAUGGUGUACAGAGAACGGACUCUUUGACUUCUAGUGUUCAAAAUAACGCCGCCAUGUCUGUUCGUGAUGACAAUAUUGAUGUCAGUGACCGUGACACGAUACCAGCUUCACACGAAGAUGCCACUACUCAAGCUGAUACUGAGACCAUAGCACCACAACUGCGCAACGCAGAAAACGACUCUAGUGAUGCCGAUAAAGUAUCGUCUGGAGUGGGCUCUUUUGAAAUUGUCAAUGCUGAGGAUACGGAGCAACUGGAACAGCCAGAAGCCAGCCAUCCAAGUUCGAGCCACCGGGAGGCAUUCAUCAUUUCGAACCCAUCGCUUGAGCACCAGCAAAGGUCUCCUGAUAUAAAUAGUGAGUUCCCACCUAUUCGUGAGCUCGAUUACGAUGAGAGUUCUUCCGACGAUGGCUCGCAGCAUUUCGACGAUGCAUUGAGCGAGCAAGCCAGAGAACGGUCCAAGGAACCCAGAGAUGACUUUGACGCUUCAUUUUCAGGUUUGGAGCCUGCGACUGAAGAAAAAGCAUCAAAUUCGAACGAUCCGUUUGACGAGUUUGAUGGCUUGGAAGCUGCUCGCGAGGAAGACACCAACGGAGACGACGACUUUGAAGGACCUCCUGAUUUUAGCGAGUUCACACAGUCUUCUCAUGGCGCAUUAGUCGACACCAAUGGUGCUGGUGAGUCGGAUGGGAAGUCUGGAAAUGACGAAUGGGAGCAAUUGUUUGCUGGUUUCGGCAAUGCUCAACAACAACCUCAACAAGCUCCACAGAACGGCGUACAAAAUGGGUUUGAUAAAGAUCGUGAAGCGGCCGUACAAGAGCUUGUAGGCAUGGGAUUUGACGACAAGACUUCAAGACAAGCACUUGAAAACGAAAACUGGAAUUUGGAGGCAGCCACCAACUACCUCUUGGACCAUGCUUGA